ACGAGAUCCUUCUCUAAUUUACAGGUACCCAUCUUUUAUUUCUGAAUAAUAGAUUUUGGUUCUUGCAAAUCUUAUAGCUUAAAGUUGAGAUUUUUGGUAUUUACUUAGCAACAAAAAAAGUUUGUGAUAAUAUUACCAUAAAUGGUGAGACAUCCAUUUGCGGCUGAGAUUUUGCUACUUUACUCUUUUCUCUCUCUCUAUUUCCAUUUGUAUUGUCACUCACUCACAUACAAAAAUAACAUCAUAAUCAGAGAUAAUGAGUAAAAGUGAAAGAAACCCUAAUACCAACUUACUCUACAAGGUUAAAACAAAUGUUGCUCUUUUUCAUUAGUCCUAUGGAUCUUAUUCCCAAAAUAAAAGAUGAAAACUUUAGUGGGUUUGGUUCAUCAUCUCUUUUGGGUUUUUGUAAAUUACUGAUUUUGGUAGAUGUGUUAGGCAAAAAGUAGAGAGAAAUGUUACGGAAUGUAAUAUUAAAGGGAUGAUUUUGACAGAUGAGAAGUUUAAUCUUACAUCUGUAAACAGCUUUUGAUAAUGAAAUGGUGUGAAGAGAGGGUCCUACUUUCUUGAAGGGUUUUGCCCCCACAAUCUCUAAUGAAUGUGAAUUAUUGGUGAGCCAAAAAAAAAGUUUUCUGAUGAAAGAAUGAGAGAGGGUAUCUUUUUUGUUGGUCUUGCUAUAAAUGUGGAUGAAAAUUGUGAUUGAAACUUACUCGUAAACUUAAAAAAAAAAAAAAAAAAACAGAACAAUUUCUUCUUCCUCUGGGAUCCAUAAGUUUUGAGGUAUGUUGUUGCUGAUUUUGUCCUUUUAUGUCUGCAAAUAACAGAGAAGAUAAAUGAGGAUUUUCUCCUAGGUUGAAGUUUUAUAUUUUGGUGGUCAGUGUCUGAUGGAGUGUAAUGCAAAGCCACCGUUUCAAUGGGAAUUGGAAAACUUGAUAUCUUUUGGCACUUCUACAGCUGAAGUUCCUAGAAAGCUAAAACCAAUGGAGUGGGAAAUUGAUGGAUUUGAUUGCACCUCUCUGUAUUCUUCAAGCUUUGCCUAUGCUGGUAGUUCAGGUUCUGAUAUAGCUCAUGCUUUCUCUAAAAGCUCAAAGUCAACUUCCAUUAGCUCUUCAUCAGCUGAAGUAAGAACACACAAUUUUACAUCCGAAACUGGUGAAAGUCUUCCUGGAGAAUUUGCAAAGGGGAUUGAUACUUCUCCAAGUCUUGAACUUUCUUUUGGCUCUGGUGAUCCGGUUCUCGGUUUAAAGCUUGGUAAACGAACGUACUUUGAAGACUUUUGGGAAGUGGAGAAUGCUAAAGGUUUGGGACUUCCAGUGACUCUGGCUUCAUCUUCUGUUUCUCCCGUGAAGAAAUCGAAAUCCAUUCCUCAGAGGUUACAAACUCCUCACUGUCAAGUUGAAGGCUGUAAUCUUGAUCUUUCAUCAGCUAAAGACUAUCAUCGGAAACAUAGGAUUUGUGAAAAUCAUUCAAAGUUUCCUAAAGUCGUUGUGAGUGGCGUAGAGCGUCGGUUCUGCCAACAAUGUAGCAGGUUCCACUGUCUCUCUGAGUUUGAUGAGAAGAAACGUAGCUGUCGCCGACGUCUCUCAGAUCACAAUGCAAGACGUCGCAAGCCAAAUCCUGGAAGGACAUAUGAUGGGAAACCACAGGUGGAUUUUGUAUGGAACAGAUUUGCACUUAUCCAUCCAAGAAGUGAGGAAAAGUUUAUAUGGCCAAGUUCGAAGCACGUACCAUCAAGAGUGUUAAUGCCGCAACCUGCAAAGACUGAGAUUUCCGAUACCGAGCACAAUAGAUUUGGAUUGUUGGACCCCAAAACCAAAACCGCAAGAGCCGAGUUAUUCAGUAAAGAAAAGGUCACAAUCUCUUCACACAUGGGUGCUUCUCAAGAUCUUGAUGGUGCUCUCUCUCUUCUGUCAAAUUCAACAACAUGGGUUUCUUCCUCUGACCAACCAAGGCGUUUUACCCUUGAUCACCAUCCCUCAAGCAACCUCCAACCCGUAGCUCACCGGUCUGCGGCUCAACUCAAUUCAGUUUCCGGCUAUUGGCAGCCGGACCCACCCGCAGUUGAAGGCCCGACCGCUCUGCAUAGAAAUGGGGUAGGCCAGUUUAAUGAAAACUACUUCAGCUUGAACCAGUUUUAUAACUGAAAAUUGUAUGCCUUUAAAUCCUAAUAAGAUAUUUGAUGUUAAAGGAUCAAGCAAGCUAGUGAUAAGUUAAGAUAGGAGCUUUGAAACUUGCAAGACACCAAAUCCUCUCUUGUUUUUUUGUCCAAAUAUUUUCAUGGGUUAGAGAGCUUUGACAAUUGUCUUAAUAUCAUCUUUGUCGUGUUAUACAUUAGGAUUAUAAAUCUUGAUGGUGUACUACGAAAUUGAUCAAACGCAUGAUAA